UAUAGGACAUUUCAGUGAAGUAGGUCUGUUACUUUUUUUGCUUUAUCUCAUUUUAGACCAAAUUAAACCCGAUGCAUCGUCUCAGCCUUGGAGACCCGUUUGACCUAUAACAUUAAACCUCUUCAGUUUCGUGUCUCAAACGUCACAUCGGGGAAGAGACGAAUGGAGCUGAGAGAGGAAGACCUUAAAGCCACAUCCUGACAGAGACUGCAGCCAAGAACCUCGCAAACUCUUCUAUAGGUCAAUGUCGAAAAUGAGAAACCACAGCCCGUACUGACACGAUGACGGACCCGAGACCAUUUCCUCCUCUUCCUCCUCCUCCCCCCUCCUCCUCCGCAUCCCCCAGAAUGCACCCCUGCGCCCUCCCACCUUCCGCCUUCAUGACCUCGCCUCCUCCUCUUCCUCCUCAACAUCAUCAUCAUCAUCAUAAUCAUCAUCAGCCCAGCUCACAGUUCAUGAACCAGUCACAAACGCAGCAUCAUUUCGCGGGGCAGAAUCUGGACACGGCUCUGGAGAGCAGCGACUGGAGCCCGGCGCAGUUUCCCAGCAUGCUUAGCGGCUACACGGAACAGGAAUGGGAUCUCCCAGCAUCCUCCCAAAAUCUGUUCAACUCUGCAUUCAACUACGAUUCUUUUCAGUCUGACGUUUUCCACUAUCCCGAUCCUCAGUGUCUCCAAUCCAACAAUUAUUACCCGCAAACCUCCUCCACGGCUGACAUGUCCCACUGGGGGGCGAUGGAGCCGACCACGCCCCAGCUUCAGUGCUCCUCUCUGGGCUACACCUCCAGAGACGCCGCCCUGGGAUCCUGGAGCUCCACGGAAUACAACUUCACUUCAAACACGGACAGCUUUAUCCCAUUUUAUCCCAAUAGUUACCAGGAAAACCAGAAUUUCCUGAGUCCGUCCACACCAGGGCCCAGUCCGCAUUAUCCCCCCUCCUUCGUGACGAGUCCGACGAGUGAAAACUGCACGGAGAGACUGGCGUAUCAGACGUUUGUGGAGCCGGGAAUGUUUACUGUGAAUUCUGAAACAGCAAAUGUCCAAAACGAUGUGAUUCAGAAACAGACGAAGCCGAGGAAGACGACGAGAGGAAGAGGAGGAGGAGGAGCGGGCGGAGGUGGAGGAGUGACGAGGCCACGCAAAAGUCGGACAGACAAGAAAAAGGUCAAAGACUCACCAGAGCCGCCUGUACUUGAGCGGGCUGCACCUGAGCGGGCUGCACCUGAGCGGGCUGCACCAGAGCGCCCUGCACCUGUGGACAUUGCCGUGGUGACGCCCCCUUCGUUGCAGCGGCGCUGUGUCAUGGCGGAGGUGGAGGAGCUGGAGGUUCACGAGGAGCAGAGUCAGAAUCGCAGCCUGAUGAGAGUGGCCAUAGACGGGGGCAGAAGUCACUACAGGCCUCCCCCGAUCCUCAGCCCCACCAGAGCAGGCGCCGGGCUGCACUGGGCCCUGGCAAACAAAUGUAGCGCUGUGGCGAUGGAGACAGCUUCAUUGGGAACACUAACCUCAGAAACCACUGCACCGUGUAUCAACGUUGGGCGGAGCUUCCAGGCCGAGAUCCCGAAACUCAGAGCCCGAAGACACGCCCACUCCGACUCCCAUAAUGCACUGCUGCUGUGGAGGCCACUGAACGAGCUGGAGCCAUCUGAAAACCAGCAAAGAGUGGAGGCUCUUCUGAAGUUCGCUCAGUCCAGUGCAGUGCCGGGAGGAGGGACUAAGCCUGAAGACGUGCUCCUGCUCCUGUCGCAGAACAGAGGGGACUUCCUGCUGACAGUGGAGAAGCUGCUGACGGCUCCAAAAAGCACCAAAAAAAGACAGUCGUCAUUUGCUCUUCAGGCUCCCAGACGUCACUCUCCAGUCACGCCCAGCUACAGCUAAUGUGUGGGUUUCAAGGAAAAGUCUGUUUUUAUUGUAAAUAUGGUAAAUAAAUAAACAAAAUAAACACAUUUUUGAUACAUUAAA